AUGCUGCCUGCCUACGUCGCUUCUCUCACAGCCUGCCCUCCUUCCUGCGCCCAGGAGCACAAUGACGAGGAGCGACACAAAGCCCCGAACGAACACAUUUGCGUCUUGAACCAAGACUGCGGGGCCGCCAAGCUCGAGAACGGCGACAACGCCAGCAUGGAAGAGAUGAUGGCCAGAAGGCACCAACGCUGGGUGAUGGCAAUCAUCAUCUUGACUUUCUGUCUCUUUUUGGCCUUGAUCAUUGGCGUUCGGGCUUAUGCCACGGCAACCGAGCGGGCUUAA